AUCUUAAUCUCAUGUCCUUUCUUCAAAAACAGAAGACUGUAUAUUCAAUAAACGAAGUCGUUGGGCGACCUGUUUAUUGCAACGGGCUGUCGUUCGACGACCAAAAGCAUCCAAAUCACUCGUCAAGACCAUUAUAUUCCAAGGAAAGCGAAGUCUUUGAAUUAUUGGAUAGACGACGUCGUGCGAUGUGAUGCUAGAAAUUUCUUCACGGGCUAAUUGGAAAUGGACUUGAAGCAUAUCGUGACAGCAAUACGCUACUGUGGCCAAGUUCAAGCACUCAGACACGGGAAAUCGUUUCAUUCUCGUCUGAUCAAAACUGGGUAUUCUCAUAAUGUAUAUAUAGCCAGCAAUUUGAUAUCAAUGUAUGUGCAUUGCUCUUUUAUAGACGAUGCGCGUAGAGUGUUCGAUGAAAUGCCCCGUAAAAAUAUUGUUACUUGGACUACAAUGGUCUCUGCAUAUAUCAGUUGUGGAAAACCUCAUGAAUGUGUAAAACUUUAUAAGCGAAUGUUAGAUUCUAAUGCCGAGGUGCCUAAUAGAUUCAUGUAUUCCGUUAUUUUGAAAGCGUGUGGUCUUGUGGGUGAUAUUGGAUUGGGUAAAGUGAUUCAUAAGAGAAUUUAUAGAGAGAAAUUAUACAAUGACAUUAUCUUAAUGAAUACCCUUUUGGAUAUGUAUGUUAAAUGUGGCAGUUUAGAUGAAGCAAGGGAAGUUUUUGAUGGGAUUCUUCUGGAUGCAAAUUCUAUUACAUGGAAUACAAUUAUUUCAGGAUGUUGUAAGGAAGGGUUAAUGGAAGAAGCAAUGCAUUUGUUUAAUCAAAUGCCAAACCCAAAUACUGUUUCUUGGAAUAGCAUUAUCGCUGGUUUUGUGGAUAAUAGGAGUUUAUGUGCAUUGGAGUUUGUUUGUAAGAUGCACCGCCAAGGGCUUAAACUAGAUGAUUUCACAUUUCCAUGUGCUCUUAAAUCAUGUAGUUAUGUUGGUUUCUUAGCAAUGGGGGAACAGAUUCACUGUUAUGUUAUAAAGUCAGGAGUUGCAUCUAGCUGCUUUACCAUGUCAGCAAUGGUUGAUAUGUACUCAAAUUGCAAUAAGUUAAGUGAAGCAAUUACGCUAUUUGAUCAGUACUCAGGUUGCAAUGGUUCAGUUUCUGAUAGCUUGGCACUCUGGAAUUCUAUGCUUUCUGGGUAUGUGGUCAAUGGACAAAAUAGGCAAGCCCUUACUAUGCUUUCAAAAAUCCAUCUUUCUGGUGCUUGUAUAGAUUCUUACACUUUCAGUGCUGCUUUGAAGGUCUGCAUUAACCUGCUCGAUUUAGGACUGGGUAUUCAAGUGCAUGGUUUGGUUGUUAUCAGUGGGUAUGAAUUAGAUUAUGUUGUUGGAAGUGUCCUCAUAGAUUUCUAUGCAAAACUUGGAAACAUUAAGGAUGCUUUUGGUCUUUUUCACAGGCUUCCGAAGAAAGAUAUUGUAGCUUGGUCUGGUUUAAUCAUUGGCUGUACAAAGAUGGGAUUAAACUCUUUAGCUUUUUCACUCUUCAGAGAUAUGGUUAAUCUGGAUCUUGAAGUUGAUCAAUAUGUUAUUUCCAAUGUUCUAAAAAUCUGUUCAAGUUUAGCAUCUCUAAGAAGUGGCAAACAGGUUCACGCUUUCUGUAUUAAGAAUGGGUAUGAAACUGAAGGCGUUACCGUUACAGCUUUAAUUGACAUGUACUCAAAAUGUGGUGAAAUUGAGGAUGGCAUAACUUUGUUUAAUUCAAUUCUUGACAGGGAUGUUGUAUGUUGGACAAGUGUCAUUGUGGGUUGUGGGCAGAAUGGAAGGGCAAACGACGCUGUAGAAUUUUACCGAAAGAUGGUAGAGAUAGGGUUAAAGCCAAAUGAAGUCACCUUUUUAGGUGCCCUUGCUGCCUGCAGACAUGCUGGUCUCAUUGAAGAGGCAUGGAACAUAUUUAAGUCAAUGAAAUUUGAUCAUGGAUUUGAACCUCAAAUAGAACAUUAUUACUGUAUGAUUGAUCUUCUUGGCCAAGCUGGAUGUUUCAAGGAGGCAGAGAAAUUAAUAUCUGAGAUGCCAUUUAUGCCUGACAAAACCAUAUGGAGCUCCUUGCUAGGGGCAUGUGCUACUCAUAGGAACAGCGAACUGAUUAGUACAAUUGAAAAAAGGCUUCUUGCUACUUCUCCAGAUGAUCCUUCAAUAUAUGUCAUGCUUUCAAAUGCUUAUGCAACAUUGGGAAUGUGGGAUAGUCUCAGCCAAGUAAGGGAAGGUGCUAGAAAAUUGGGUAUAAAAGAAGCUGGAACGAGCUGGAUUGAGACUUGAAGUUAGGUGUAUUCCCUGGCCCAAAUGCAUCUUGUCUGAACCUCAACUUAAGUGGUUAAAAAAUUCUUAUUGCUAUUUAGCUAUCAAUCACGCUUGCCAAGGGUGUUCAUUUAAGGAACAUUACCUGUAAGUAAAAACCUGUUAUCACGUUGCUGAAAACCAGGAGAUGCAGAGAAAUCAUAAGAGAUCAUGAAUAUGACUUUCAGACAUUCUCCAUAAGAAAAGCUUUGGUAGAAAAGCUUAAAUACCUGCUAAUAAUUGCAGUAUAUAAUUACAGGUAUUCUGAAUUGCAUGAUUUGAUGAAUGGCACAUGCACAUCAAGGAUUGCUACAUGUUCUCAUGCUCGUAUCUUUUAUUUUGGUUAUAAAUUAAUCUUUCUGUUUAUGUCUUUAUUCAAGUUUCCUUGUUUUUCUUUCGAACAUAAUUUCACCACUCAACGGUGCAUCCAGCUGACUGUUCCAAGAUACAGAUAAAUUUCUCAAGUCAAAUUGGGAGCAAUUGGUAGGAGUAAGAAGGAAGAGCAACAACAAACAUUAGUUAUGCAUGGAGGCAAGUAGCAAGGUUUGCUGUGAUUCUGGAACCCAUAAAAAGAAAAAGGAAAAGGAAAAGGAAAAGGAAAAUAAUGCAAUCAAUUUUUCCACCUUUAUUCCAUAUUUGGAGUGCUAUUAUCUGGGCAGUUCAUAAGCUUUGGGCAGUAUUCUUGUUUAAGUCACAUAUUGAUUGCAGAUACUACAGUAUAAAAUUUGACCAGUCAACCUGUCUUGUUUUUACAGGAAAGGACUCUAAAGGGCACAAAAAUAGAAGAAAUGAGUAAACAACUAGAAGAGUCAACGGAUUUAAAGGUUUGGGCUCCUUAUUUUAAUGACUGUUUUGCCGUGUCAUACUUUUUGUACUUUCUCAACAUUGGGGGCAAUUUUGAAAUAAGAGAUGGCUGAUAAAACAUCUAAGAUUCAAA